AGAGCUUUUAUUCUGCCAUCUUAAUUGAAAUUAUUUAUUUGGCGAAGUCUAUAUUUGUAGCUCAAUUAAACCGAACUCGGAAUUCAAUUAGGCUUUUAUGUGCAUCACUGAGCACGUAGUCUCUGAAAGUAGGGUCAGUACCUUGCGCAGGGCCCACGCUCGCUUGGACGCGGCAGGAAAUGGUGGAAUGACUGUUGCUUCGACUGCAUUUGUGAGAGGGAGGGAAAUAAAGAAGGCGUACAACGACGAAUUCUGCGAAUCAUUUUCUAAAAUCAACUCAGGCACAUAUUCGGACUACACGCAUUGUCACACUGUUGCCAGGUUAACUUUUGUCUGUCUGUCGUUACUUUCUUUUUUAUCCACUGUGUUGCCGUCAGGCACUUUGCGGAAGACUGCACACUCUCCAAUCCCCGCCUAAGGCUAGGUAAGGCGCUUUUCACCAUCAGAAACUGUCAAAGAACAAGCUGCGUAAUAGUGUGACGAGACAACAUGAGUGACGACCAACCUCAAGUUGAACUCUUUGUGAAGGCUGGCAGCGAUGGCCAGAGCAUUGGGAACUGUCCUUUCUCCCAGCGACUCUUCAUGGUGCUGUGGCUGAAAGGAGUCACCUUCAAUGUCACCACCGUGGACAUGAGGAGAAAGCCAGACAUCCUGAAGGACCUGGCCCCUGGAGCUCAGCCUCCCUUCCUUUUGUAUGGGACAGAAGUGAAGACGGACACUAACAAGAUCGAGGAGUUCCUCGAGGAGAACCUCAGCCCUCCAAAGUAUCCCCGGCUAGCAGCCCGCAACCCAGAAUCCAACACCGCCGGUGUGGAUGUCUUUGCCAAGUUCUCGGCCUACGUCAAGAACUCCAACCCUGCUCUCAAUGAUAAUCUAGAGAAAGGCGUGCUGAAAGCACUGAAGAAGUUAGACGACUACCUUGGCUCCCCACUUCCUGACGAAAUUGACGAGAAUAGUGCCGAUGAUGUCACCUCCUCCUCUCGCCCCUUCCUCGAUGGCUUAGAGCUCACUCUGGCUGACUGUAACUUGCUACCUAAGCUGCACAUCGUCAAGGUUGUGUGCCUGAAGUACAGAGACUUCUCUAUACCACGCUCCCUGGCCCACCUGUGGCGGUACCUGGACGCGGCAUAUGGCCGAGAGGAGUUCUCCUCCACCUGCCCCACCGACGGCGAGAUCCACUUUGCCUACGCUUCAGUGGUCAAAGUACUCAAGUAGGCUGAGGAGAGGAUCAGACAGGACACAGACACACAAACACGCUCACACAGACACACAAACACGCUCACACAGACACAGAGAGACAGACACACACUCUUAUGCAAAAACACAAGCACACUCACACAGACACACACUCUUAUGCAAAUACACACACACACACAUACACAGACACACACACACACACACAAAGGCACUAAAAUACACACACAUCAUGCCCACUCCCACUUAUGUAUAAAUAAGCGUGUGGCUUUGUAUGAAAAUUUCAAAUCCUUCUUAAAGGCAGGUUUUUGAAAGAUAAAACAUUUCUAAUGCUGCAGCCAGCACACAAGGCUAAAGCUUCUGUUCAAAAGUGUUUCGCAUGUUAGUGCUGUUUUAUAUGCACACACACACACACACACACAUACACACACACACACACACACACACACACACACACACACACUCACAAACACACAUACACACACUACACACCUACAUACAAAGCGUAAUGUACAUUUCUCAGUUUAUAUGUCCAGAUGAAUAUAUCUGCCGGUCACAAAGUUCUAAGUCACUGAGAGUGUUCCCAUGGUCUCUGAUCCGUCUCUUCACUACCAUACUAAAGAGAGAGGGGAGUUUCUUGGCCCGAACGGCUAAGGUCAAGUAAAUCUUGCUUUUAUAUUAUCUGCUUAAACACACAGACUUGUGUGAGCAUGGCUCCGGCUUAAUCUAACAGCACACUGCCAGCACUAAUGACCGUCUCGUUUCCAGAUUGUUUUAUGAAUGUGUCCUUGGUGUAACCUUAAAGACACAUAUUUUGUCAGAUAUUUAAAAAGUGCCAGCCAUUCCAUGUCCCUCUAUAAGCAAAUUAAGACUUUUGUCAAUGUUACAGGCAUAAGCAUGCGCAUACACAUACGUAGGAACACGCGCCACCACACACACACACACACACACACACACACAAACACUCAUACUUAAAUUUGGUAUACAAAUGUACAUUUGUACACCCCUUUAUGCCCAGACCCUCUUUCAGUUCCAAUUUGUACACCGUAGUUGUCCCAAACAAACAAACAAACAAACAAACAUCUGUUUGUUUGUCGGUUUGUUUGUACACAUCUGCUGUUUAAUGCUCCAGCACUGGUCUCUGGGAAAGAGUAGCCUCAUGACAGGGCAUGACAGAACCACAGGAAGUGACUGCCACAGACCCUGGCUUCCCUUUUCACUUCUCUUCUCUUGUCUUCUCUUAACCACACCCAACACUCUUAAGUAUAGUGAAGUGAGAUCCCUACAUGCCCUUGCCAUUCCCUCUGUCCUUGAACACCCUAAGUGACAGAGCCUCGUGCUUAAUGUGUGGAGAAGAUUCAAAAAGGCGUGUGGAUGGUUGGAAGCAGUGGGGGUGCACUGGCAGUGGAGUCCUUCCAUAUGAAGUGGCUGUAAGUGUAGUCGUGUAAAAACAGAAGCUUUGUGUAGCUCAUUUCUUAUUUGGCAGGUGGUUUAGAUAAGAGUGGUUAACAAGAAAAGAGAACAGGGAAGAACUCUCAAAGGAUUUGAAAAUGAUAGUUACUUGUUACUAAGCCUUUAUUUUGUAUGUGAAUUUUCCUUCACGAUUUACCUCCAAAUUUGAUUGUCCUUUUUCAAGUUAGAAUGACUAUUCAGGCUAUUUUAGGCUUCUUUUUAUACAUGCGUGUAAUAUCAGUCAGUCAAGCAAUAAACUGUACAGAAGAUUCAAUCUCAAUGUUGCCUGUUGACAAGAGUAAAAGUCAUGGCUCACUGAGCAAGUAAGGGCCUUAAAUCUCUACCUUAAAUAUGUCAUCCAGUCUAGUGAGCUUCAAAUCCUUCAAUCCCCGGUCUGAAGCCUCGUCUCUGCUAGACACAUUCUUAGGUGCCUUCAGAUUAACCCCAAUACUGUGCCAGUGAAUCAAAGUGUCAGAGUGUCUGUUGUCUUUUUUUAGACUGGUGUCGAUGUGCAAUGAGUGAUUUGCAAUGCUUAUAUUGUCACAGCUUGUCAGGUUGUGACUCCAGAUAUACCCCCCCACCCAAGUGCACCUCACAAUAUCAUUAUGUAAACAGUGUGUGAACUUGAUGGCCUCUAUUUUGAGAACUUUUAUGUAUGUGUGUGUUUGCGUUUGCUUUUCACGGAGGAGAAAUGGAAGGUUUAUAUGCCAGUUUAGGUUUAAAGUUUUUAAUUUGGUUUAAGUCUCAACGCGUAAAUGCUUGUUUGAUGGCGCGACUUUCCAAGUUAUUUGAACCACUGAAUUCAAGACUGUAUUAGAUUAGUGUGUAAUAUAUCUUACAUGCACAAAUGGAUGAAGGUCUGAUAAAAACAUGAUGUCUUACAUGAAGUGGCCUCAACCCUAUUUUGAUAAGGACCAAGUUGCCCUUGAGGCCUGAUGACUGUAAACUGUAACGGUUGUUUGUACACGUUUUGAGAUGCUGCCAGGGACACCUAUCAAUGACAUAUUGCCAUUGCUUUAACAACACAAACUUCUCAAACACAUUAAUAAUAACAAAGAAUUAGUAAGCUGUAACGGUAGAGUUAACUUGAUGGAUGGUUUGUUUUGGCGAUUUAACUCUUGUCUCUAACCCUUUUUUAUAUGUUUAGAUUAAUGUAGCUUUUUCAAUUCAUGUGCAAAAAAAUUAAAAACAUACUUUGGGAGAAAAA